GCCUCGCCAGGGAGCCGUGGCCAUGCAUUCUAGCUCAUUAUCAUGUUGUGUUUUUUACAUCACAGCCAAUCAACCUAUAAACAUAGACCAAUGAAUGAUGGACGGUGAGAAUAUGGAGCUUGUUGGUGUUACACACGUUUUGGACGCCGUCACGUUUUGGGCGCAGAAUGUCAAGGACGAUCAAGCCAUUGACAACAUAAGAAAAGCCUUGGCAGACAAAUGCCCAACAGCCCCAAGGGUACUUGGAACUCCCAAUCCUCAGAAGAUUUAUGGGGCAGUCUUCUCUGGGGACAGCUGUUGGUACAGGUGCAAGGUUCUGCAGCAGACUGAUAAUUUUCACGUGUCCUACAUUGACUAUGGGAACACAGAGUUUGUCAGUCGGUCAGCUCUGGUGGAGUUGCCAGGGGAUCUACAGGCACCUUGUCUGGUCAAGAAGUACAAGUUCCAGUGCUUCAGUGUGUCCACUGACCAAGACUCAGCACAUUUCCUGCAGGGAAAGGCCUUCCUUCAGAAUCUGAUCUAUGGGAAGAAGGUCCGCAUCCAGAAGAAGUCUGUCUGCUUGGACGGGACCGUCCUGGUCCAGGCCUUUCAGGGAAACCUGGACAUCGGUGAAGAGGUUUUGAAGAUGAAGUUUGCCAAGUUCACCCUCCCGGGGAGUAACCGUGAGGGCCCCAUGUCUUUGCGGGCCCUGCAGGAGUCCCAUUGCCCGUGGCCUCAGCGGGUGUUGGAUUGGCCUGGCCCGCAGGGGGAUGGGGACAUGCCUGGCUCUACAGUCUGCAUGCCCAAACUACGGCCUGCUUUCCCCGACCAGAGUCCCCUUUCAAUGAAGGAGAAGAGCAAGGCCACAGCCCAGCAUGCUGCCAACCUAAUGAAGAAGAAGAUGGACCAGGAGCUGGUGGAGGAGAACCAGAGGCUGAAGGCAGAACGAGAGACCCAGCGCAGGGAGGACCAGCUGAGAGACAGCCUCUCAGAGCUCCAGAAGUUGAAAGAGGAGACUGCUAAUUAUGCUAAAGAGGCAGAGAGAUGGAAGGUGGAGAGGAACACACUCCAGAACCAAUCAGAGCAGCUGGAGACUGACCUGCAAGUUGCCAAACAGGAAGUGCAGGCUAUGAGGGGACAGUUAAAGAAGAAGGAGAAGCAAGUGGAUAAGCUCCUGGACUCCGCGGUGGCUGAACGGUUCUGUCGACUGGCUGAGAGAGUCGAUUCUCUGAGAGGAUUAAGAGAGAGAAACCCAGGUAACACAGAUAGCGACAGCCUUACGGAGUCUAUCAACAUCAUAAACAACAGCAUCUCUGCCCCGGUUGCCAUGGAGAAGCUGGAGUCGGCAUGGAGAGAUUACAGUCUGGCUCAGGAGAAACUCAAGGCCUGUCAGACGAAGGAGCAGCUUGGGGAUCUGAUAGACAACCGGAAUAAGGUGCGAGGUGUUCUGACUGCCACUGUAGAGUCCUUCCUUCAGGAGGCUGAGUGUUUGCCAGUCAGACAACGCAUGGACAAACUGGAGGAGGUGAGCUCCUCCCUGACUGCAGUGUUUGGUCCCUCCUCUAUGGAGGGGGAUGUUGGAGAGCAGGCCUUUGAGCAGUACAGCCAGUGGAGGACUCAGAGGAGUCAGCUCACCAGCUCUGUCAGAGACGGGACGGACAAGGCCCUCCAGGCCCUGUGUACCUGGUCGGAGAACGUUGGCAAGUUUUUCUGCCUGUCAGCUAACACAGUGGUGGGAGUGAAUGACAUCGUGGACGGAGUGAAUGAGCUGCUGAAGCAGGCAGAGAACAACGUGGCCAAGGAGCUGGACUGUCCCCUGUCAGUCGGGGAGCAGAACAACCAUGAGACCAAGGCAGUGUCCAAUGCUUUCCACAAAGUCAUGCAGCACAUUCAGAGUGAGCAGAGUCUGCUGAGGGACAUUAUGGAGAAAUAUCUGCUCAACACCAAGUUUAAGGGUGAGAUGCUACAGUGGCAGAAUACUUCAGACUCUCUGUUCUCUGUGAAGAAAUUCCGUCAGCUGAGGUGGAGACAGGUGGAGGAGGCCAGUCUGGAGGAGGCUGAAGACUUUGACCUAACGGAGAUUCUGAAGAAGAAGGAAGAGAUUGCUGAGACCAGAAACACUCUUUUCCAUGAAAUCGGUCAAGAAAGAAAAGAAUAUAUGAAGCUCAGUGCUCUGGCUGAAGGCUGCUGUCCUGAGCUCCCCCUGCUCUACCCUGAGGCAGACAUCCACAGCCACAUGAGCUCUGGAGGUCUGGUGGUGAAGAGUCUGGACAGGGACAUGUUUGACGCUGAGCCCAUGAAGGAGCUGAGUGGACGCAGGCCUCUGGUCUGUACUGAGUUCCAGGGACAGAGGGUCAUACUCAAGGGUUACACUGUGAAUGAGGAGGCAGAGGCCAGAGUGUUGGAGAGAACCACCCAGUUUCACAGAACCAGGACUCAGCGGGAGAGUCAGACUGACACUGGAAUACUCCCUCUUCUGGCACUGUUCUUUGGCAAGUCAGACCCUCUUGCCUAUGUGAUGGUGCCAUAUUUCCCCAAUGGAAGUCUCUGGGCUGUUCAGGCUGCCACACCCCUAACUGCCUCAGCUGUAGGACCUACUGGGGCCUAUGAAGGUGAUGAGAGCGUGGCUCUCCACGCUGCAGGCGUCACCCAUGCCUCCCUCAACCCCAAUGUACAGAGGGCAGUGGACAGUGGGAUGGUGGCCGGCUCUAUCAGCCUGGUGGCCCCAGAGCUCCGUCAGACACAAGGCACACCUCCUACUCCAGCCUGUGACAUGUACUCCUACGGCUGCCUGCUGUUCUGGCUGAAUGCCCCAGGGUUCAACGGGGAUCUGGAUAGUGGCAGCAGACUGGCCCUGGAUAUCAGCGGAGUGAAACUGGAGGACAAACUUCAAGCCCUGCUGUCUAAGCUGCUGGUGUGUGUUGGAAGACUGACUGCUGCUGAGACCCUGGCUGAUGACUACUUCCUGUCUGACCAGUAACCAGGCAACCGAUACAUACUGGGAUAGUUUGGUCGACAGUUUUACUUUAAUACUAGCCUGGGAAACGUCUGUUUAGCUAACAUUCCACUCCGUGACAUACCAAAUAUAGUUUACUAUGUCAAGAAGUGGAAUAAUGGCUAAACAGACCAGUAUCCAGACUACUUCAAUACUACAAUGUUUUGUUGAAAUCCCAAUAUAAAAGCACAAUAUAUUUGUCAGUCUGCUGAUUUAAAAGCCCAGUAUCAUGUUGUUUAACUGUAUAUUAUUUUCCUUUUUUAAAUGUUCUGUUCAGUAACUAGGUGAUGUUGGAGUACCCUGUCUUGCAGUUGUCACUUUCUAGAGUAAAUAAAAUACACGUUCUGAGA